CAAAAGAUCACUAUCAAAGCUUGAAUAUUCACAUAGCAUAAAUCAGAGUGAAAACAUUCUUCAAUUUCAAUAUCAUAUAGUAAAGUACGGGAGACAAUACGAAUUUGGAAAUGAAAGAUGAAGUAUGAGCUCCGACCCAAAGUGUAAUUUGGCCGAUUUGAAACCAGUAAAAUUUUCAGGGUCACAGAGUCUCUCCCUUGGAACCUUGCCUUCAGUUCAGUAUGGAAUUGUGCAGGAGAAGCUUCGCCAGAGCUCCUCCAAAGCCUUUCACUGUUCGGUGUUCUGUCCGGGCAAACGUUGUAGAUACGAGGGCGCUGCUUUCUGGCAGAAGGAGGAUAUGCCGAUCAUGGGGAUCUUUUCCACAUGGGUCACAGACGAUAUUGUGACGAUGGCGCGUCCUUCCACAGAAAUCAUCGAAAAGUACAAAAUCAUCAAACAAUUUCGCGAAUUCGGCAUUAAAUCAUUAAUCAACCUCCAGCAGCGAGGUGAGCACAGUUCAUGCGGUGUACCUCUCGAGAAAUCGGGAUUCACAUAUGACCCACAGAUCUUCAUGGAAAACAAAAUCUUUUAUUACAAUUUCGACUGGAAGGACUACGGUUCAGUGCCAAAAACCGUUCUGCUGGACAUGGUGAAGGUGUUGGCGUUCGCUUUGAGCGAAGGUAAAGUGGCUAUUCAUAGUCAUGCCGGACUGGGGAGGACCGGCGUGCUGGUUGCCUGCUAUCUCAUCUACACUCUGCGCUGCAAGCCCACAGACGCCGUCGCUUAUGUGCGGACUAAAAGGCCUGGGUCAGUACAGACCAAAAGCCAAGUGGAAAGUGUCCAAGGAUUUGCUCAAUUCGUUGUGCCCAUGUUCAUAGUUUUUGCAAAUGUGAUUCCUCGGGAUGAUUACAGAAUGAGUCUUAACGCUUAUCUGAAACGCCAAAGGUAUCUUUUGCACGGAUUUGAAGGAAGAUUGCUCAAACAUGUACCAAAACCUGUGUUCAUGUUCUGCGAACGUCUGCUCUCUUUAAUGAGCGACAAUUAUAGCCAACAAUGCCCACCUCUCGAUAUGGAACAGUUAUUCAACGGGCCCAACCAGUUCCUCGAGUUCUUCUCAUCAAAGUGCCGCUUACUGAGAAUUCGGUUCCCCUCCAGUAGUAAACUCAAGGAUAAGUGGACACUUCAGAUGCCUUAUAUGAACGGAAUUGUAGAAGAACCUCGCCACUGCGCUCCCCCAUCUCCACCCAACGGAAUUACGCAAGGCCCGGACAACAGACCAUUCUGGGAUUCCCCAGAUAGCAUGUCUUCGCCCGAAGACCAAGAGAAAGAUCACGAAGCCGUGCUAAACCACAUAGGAGGUUUCAAACCCCAUUUCGAGCCCGACCCAGAUUAUCGUCUGUCAGAUGACGAAGAGACGAGCAAAGAACCCGAAAUAGAAUACAAUGUCAAAUCUCUCAGCAACACCGAGUCUUCCAACUUUGACAGGAAAUCGCCGACUGCCGAUGAAGAGCGCAAAGAAGAGGAAGAGAUAGAACCAGAUCCUCCAAACGAACUGGAAGGGGAAGAGGAAGAUGUUGAUGACUUAGAUGAUGAUCCCCCAGAGGAUCUGAACUCCGAGGAGUGCAAUGCCAUCAUCGACUCAAUGCUGCAAGAGAGUCCCUCCGAGCAGAACACUCCGUACAUGAACGGAGUGCAGAACAGGAGAGACAUCUUCGCCAACAAGGACAGCAAAGGUUGCUCAACUUUGUCUAUCGAGGAGGAAUACACGAAGCCCCUGACGAGCACCGCACUCGUACAGGCGUUGCUGGCUGACCAUUACGCCUUGGACAAUGACUUUGCGCUCAGGCUAAGGAAGUACCAGCGGUUGCUCAAUAGCCGAGCUACCGCAUGGGAAAAAGUAGCCAAGGAAGUGGACCCGCUCAUGCUGUCAGCCUUGCUCUGGAGCUGGUUAGACUUACUUAGGGAACCUGUGCUGAACCGAAAUGAUCUGUCUGUCAUUGUGAUACGAGCCGAAAAGCCCUGGGAGAUACUCAAGAGGCUGGACAAUGGCACCCGCUACACAACCGAAUACUUGGUGAGGUUCAUCGCCCGCCUUCAGCCCAAAUCGACAAUGGUCCGCAACGACCUUCUAAAGCGCCUGGUGGCUUCGCUCACCCACCAAGCCCUGGGCAUCCAGGGCACGUUACGUCCCGUCGGCAUGGAAUGGAACAAGUUGCGGCAAGGGACUGCUGGACAACUUAUGCUCUUCAUAGACUCAAUCUACGACAUGGCCACAGGGGAACAGAAUUCGAAUCCUCCUGGACUCUAAGAAAAGGCAGGAAGGUGAUGUUCAGAAUGAAAUUAAAUCGGAGGGAACGUUUUGAAAUGUCCUGUAUUAAGCAGGGAUUAAAUUAAGUUGUGUUUACAUUGAAAUAAUAAUUACUGCAUGUUUUUAGUGACACCUAAUCUAAACUAAAUUCCAUUACCAGCUGAUAGUCUUAUAUCAAGGAAAAUACUUGACCAUAUUUUCAUUUCCUUUUGUUCUAAAAGUUAGCUCAUGCAGGUGUUCGUUUCAUCAGUCCAUCAGUUCCGUUACAUUGUCUAGAUUUUGUUUUCGCCUCAUGUUGUGCUUACUGUAAUAUCAGUUUAAACGAGAUAUUAGAGAAAAAUUCAAAUAUGAUAAAAGCGUUGAAAACCUACCAAUGCAAUCAAAUUGUUGCAAUCAAUUUUAGUACCAAGACAUAUAGGAAAUAUGUAAAUGAAAAUAUGCAAACUAAAGGCAAUGAGAUUGAAUUAACAUAUUAAAAUCUCAUACAGCUCAU